AUGGACACCAAAAUCGGAUCCAUCGACGCUUGCAAUCCUACGAAUGGCGACGUCGGUAGUCCACCAAACGGCGUCGUCGCAACACUCCAUGACUCUGUUCCCGCCUCCGCGGUCGCCGUCGGAGCCUCCGAAGCGACUCUCGGCCGACACUUAGCCCGCCGUCUCGUCCAGGCCGGAGUCUCCGAUAUCUUCACCGUUCCCGGCGAUUUCAACCUCACUCUGCUCGACCACCUCAUCGCCGAGCCGGAGCUCAACAACAUCGGGUGCUGCAACGAGCUAAACGCCGGGUACGCCGCCGACGGUUACGCUCGAUCCCGCGGAGUCGGUGCCUGCGUGGUGACCUUCACCGUCGGUGGACUCAGCGUUUUGAACGCGAUCGCCGGCGCAUACAGCGAGAAUCUCCCGAUUAUCUGCAUCGUCGGAGGUCCCAACUCCAACGAUUUCGGCACCAACCGGAUUCUCCAUCACACCAUCGGAUUACCUGAUUUCAGCCAAGAGCUUCGCUGUUUCCAGACCGUCACUUGCUACCAGGCGGUGGUGAACCAUAUGGACGAUGCUCACGAAGAGAUCGACAAGGCGAUUUCAACAGCUCUGAAAGAGAGCAAGCCUGUGUAUAUCAGCAUCAGCUGCAACUUGGCUGCAAUUCCUCAUCCUACUUUCACUCGUGAUCCAGUCCCAUUCUCGCUAACUCCAAGAUUGAGCAACAAGUUGGGUCUAGAAGCUGCGGUUGAAGCAACAUUGGAGUUUCUGAACAAGGCCGUGAAGCCGGUGAUGGUUGGUGGUCCCAAGCUGCGUGUAGCGAAAGCCAGUGAGGCCUUUGUGAAGCUAGCGGAUGCUUCAGGCUACGCCAUGGCGGUGAUGCCAUCUGCGAAAGGGUUAGUCCCAGAGGAACAUCCUCACUUCCUCGGGACUUACUGGGGAGCAGUGAGCACUCCUUUCUGCUCUGAGAUUGUCGAGUCUGCAGAUGCUUACAUCUUCGCAGGCCCGAUAUUCAACGACUACAGCUCAGUGGGUUACUCGCUUCUCCUCAAGAAAGAGAAAGCCAUCGUUGUGCAUCCUGAUCGUGUCACCGUUGGUAACGGUCUCACCUUUGGGUGCGUUAUGAUGAGCGAGUUCUUCACUGAGUUGGCUAAGAGGGUGACGCGUAACGGCACGGCGUAUGAGAACUACCACAGGAUCUUUGUCCCUGAAGGCAAGCCGUUGAAGUGCAAGCCAAGAGAGCCUCUGAGAGUCAACGCAAUGUUCCAACACAUUCAGAAGAUGCUCUCUGGUGAUACCGCUGUGCUUGCUGAGACUGGUGAUUCUUGGUUCAAUUGCCAGAAGCUGAAGCUGCCACAAGGAUGUGGGUACGAGUUUCAGAUGCAGUAUGGAUCCAUCGGUUGGUCUGUUGGUGCGACUCUGGGAUACGCACAAGCUGAACUGGACAAGCGAGUCUUGGCUUUCAUUGGAGAUGGAAGCUUCCAGGUGACGUGUCAGGACAUAUCCACCAUGCUGCGUAACGGUCAGAAAACGAUCAUCUUCCUGAUUAACAAUGGUGGCUACACCAUUGAAGUCGAGAUUCAUGACGGUCCAUACAACGUGAUCAAGAACUGGAACUACACUGCUCUCGUCGAUGCUAUUCAUAACGGUGAAGGCAAUUGCUGGACCGCAAAGGUGAGAUACGAGGAGGAGUUGGUGGAAGCGAUAAAGACAGCGACAACGGAGAAGAAGGAUUGUCUGUGUUUCAUCGAAGUGAUUGUUCAUAAAGAUGAUACGAGCAAAGAGUUGCUUGAGUGGGGCUCACGCGUCGCUGCUGCUAAUGGUCGUCCUCCAAACCCUCAGUAG